CGUGUGUGAUCUUUUCUCUUUCCUACGACUGCAGUGCAAAUUUCGAUUUUCGAUUGAGUCUUGCUCGGAGCCGUAUUUUCUUUUAGUCAGGGCGAUUCCAAGAAUCGAUCGGACGAUCGUCCGCUGACUUGGUGAGGGUAUUUUUUGUAAAGUUCUCACCGGAACAAACGAAAAUUGAUAAACCCUUGUCUACCGCAAUAUGCUUGCCUCCGCCCAAGGUUCUCACCCGCUCGAGGGCGCUGGGCUGGUUGUGGGCGCCGAGGAGGUGUCCGAGGACGAUCCGGAGACGGAGGGUCUGCUGGCUGCUGUGCCCUUCGUCGUGAACUGUGGGCGAGAUGGCGUGCACGGAUUGGUGACCAUUUUGGUAACCCCGGUUUUUUUGAACGACCUAGAAAGCGACCAAGUCGAACGGUGCAUCAAAAUGGGCGUGCAGCAGGUCAACAAGUGGGUAGGACCCGACGAGCACUUCGUACUGAGAUUCAUACACGUAGUUGCUGAAGUAGAAUGUAACAUGAAUUGCGCAACAUCUUUGUCGUAGCUUAUCGUUCUUUCCUUAUUUCGUCGGUGACUAGUAUCUCCAUCUUCAUUCUCGCGCGAAAAUUAUAAACCAGAUCGUCAUUUUCAGCAGUACCGACGUUGCGAUCUUGAAGCACGCAGAGAUGUCCUCGCUCACGCACCUGGUGCCACUGGGGCUACAGUCACGGGCAUACGAAGUUCUCAUCCUGCACCCUGACAUGGCUUGGAAUCUGUUCAUGAGCACGCAAAUGCCGUUUCUAGACGACGCAACGAAGGGAAAAAUUGUCGAAUACGAAUCCCUGCUGCACUUGGUCUACGAUUUGCAUCCGCAUUCCGCCGUGCGGAGAUCGGAGCUGCUGCAGAAAUUUCCAUUGUACAACAUCAUAUCAAGUUUAAUGUAGUUGACUUUGACACAAAGACAAAACUAUCUGAUCUUGUUCGUUGCCGGCUAGUCGUUCAUUUUUUUUUGAAAAUUGUGUACUGCUUGACAUUGAACUACCUGAUUCAAAAUCAAUUCAUCCACCAGCUACGUCCUGCGAUACGAGUCCGUGAAUUUCAAUUUUCCGGAAAAGCUCGGGUCCGUGUUCGGGAUGCCCCUUCCCCGCUUGUGUGCGUUGACCGGACAGGUGGACCGCUUCCUCUUCCCGGAUUGCACCUUUCGGGGCGUGCCGUUUGUCUUGACCACACUCGCGCGCGAGAUCCUGAACAAAGGCAAAGAGCCGGGGCAACCGGCGGCUCCGCUGUCGGCGCGGGACAACCUGUUUAGUGCAUCCGUGAAGGACGUGCGCGCCCUCGUCGAACGCCUCGAGGCUGGGGAAGUGCACCGCAUCAGGGAGGCGCCCCUCUCGGUGCUGUGGAGCGCUCUGCGGCUGUUCCUAAAUUCUCUUCCGAUGCCGCUGCUCGGCUUCACGACCUUCGAUCGUAUGGUUGAGGGACCACCGAGCGGAAAGGAUUCGUUUUUGCUCGAAGAUACUAUGAUGUCCGCGGGGGAAAAAACUAAAACAGCGCCUGGGAAAGUAGUAGGACCCGGAACAGGCUUGCCUGGUGAGGGGGCUGGCGCGGCUCGUCCGCGUUCCGCACGACAGUGGGGCAGCAAUAAAAGUCCCGCUUUACUAGAAGUACAAAAUGCGGGUAGCCAACCGGCGACGACAGCACAGCUGCAAGCCGUGCGGAAUAUCGGAGACACGUACCAGCAGCUGAGCGAAGUUUCGAGCCAGAUGCAACACACUUUCUUCUAUCCAGAGGACAACAUGGAGGACGAUGUGGAUGACGACCGCGACAAAAACGAGCGUGAAGAUGAAAGCGGGCAGGAAGGAGCAGCUCGUGAUCUUCGAAACGACAGGAGUCUGAACUAUGAUGCUGCGGUUGCCACGGGUGACGCAGCUUCGACGUGGUCCAUGAGUGUCCACGAGGCCGAGGAUUUCUGGUCGCAACUGGAUUAUGCCUCCGCCUCGAACACGAGCCACGAGCAGUUCGCAAUCCAUCCGAAAUUCGAGUCCUCCCACGACCCAUCAAGGCCCUCGCGGCUCAGGAAAAAUCAUGCGACGGCGAAUAUUGAAGUACGAAAAAUAAACAAGAAAACCACGUCGUCGCCAGCAUCAAAAUCGGAACUGGUGAAAAAUGUUGCAGCAGCUGCUGCACUGGAGCCGAGUAGAAACAACAACAAGCAGGUCGUGGAGCCACUGAGAACGCCCUCGCCAUGGAACCGUACCACCAAACGGCAUAUCGAUGAUGUUCCCGAUCCUCACAGCAUCCUACCACAUUUGUCUUCGGAAUGGGAAGAUGAUGAGUCCAGCUCGUGUCCUGAAGAGCAGCUUUCGUCGAUAAAGCGAUGUCAAUAUCAUGGUCCCGACAACGGCAGUGACGUCGGGAGUCCCAGGACGAUUCCGUGGUCGGGUGGAAGUCGUCCUGGAGGAACGACAAACAGCCUGUUCUACUACCCGGAGCGGGAUCAGGAAGUAGACGCUGGGUUGCCCGCCGCCGCCGGCGUCGGCGACACGGGUACGACCACAAAUGACGGCGUUGGUACAACCGUUGAGGACCGCAACGGAUGGCAGGUGAACGAAGGCGCGCGCGCGUUCGUCGCUGGUCCUCAGCAGGAUGCUGCGGCUCUACGGUUUCUGCGGAUGCGCGUGUUUCCGCACCUCCCGUGGUACGUACUGCACACCCUGUUUUUCCUGCUGAAGCUUUUCCAACGCGUGAUUCACGUCGAAAAGAAGGAGGGGUCGUCCGCGAAGAAGCUGCUGGCGCUGAUUCAGGACCGGCGGGGCUACGGCAGCACGCUGGACAAGUUGGCGGAGGUGUUUGCGGGGCUGUUGAUUCGCCCGCGCGCGUACCGGACGGAACUUUGGAAGUGCCUGGUUUGCUCCGAGGCGUUGUUCAAAGUUAUGGUCGAGAACGUGGACGUGCUCCUGCCCGAGUGGACGCGCUUGCCGGACCACGAUGCCGCGAUGGAUCUGAAAGAGGAGGAGGCAGUGGAGGAAGAGGUGGAGGAGCACGACUUUCUACGACUCAGCAAAAGCUCCUUCUCGGCACAGGAAGAAGUAGUACUGAAUAAAGUAGUGGAUCCACGACCACCUCCAGUUGUACAAGCGACAGCAGAUGCAGCGUCGAGCGCCGAAACGGGGACAAAGGACCAAGGUAGAAGAGGGAGCGAGGAGACCGCGAUAGAUUCGGUGCAUGAUCGUGCUAUAGUUGGCGAACGCGAUGCGGAACCUGCUGCACCGGAGCGAAGCCGGGCGACAGACCGUUUCGAAACUACGGGACAAGACGGUCAGAGAGCAAACCAGCAGGUCGGAGGCUCAGCGUCGUCAGUGCAGCUUUAUUCCAUGGACAACGAUGAAAAAGCAGCAGCUGCGGAGCAGCGGGGGAAGCGCAAAUUGGCUAGACUCUCAUCACAGGGAUUCUCUGGGGUGGAAGCAAAUCCGGCAUCCACAGUUGCUGAAGUGGAAGAAAACGUCCCGGCUGCGGCUGCGGAGAAUGAAGCAGCCACUGCGGACGGGAUAGUAGGACACGACCCAGUUGUAGCUGGCGUAGCGGCCGCUGCGCCGAGUGAUGUCGCAGUCGCAAAUGCCGCUGAAGGCCGAGUGCCGGAAAGCGUGGUGCAACGCGAAGACACUCCUGCUGCUGCUGCUGCUGCGACGCAAUACUACAACGAUGCUGCAACCGAUUCGGUAGAGGCAAACACAUUGCCGGCCAGCCGCGGAUCGCGCAGCUUUGCGGUUGACGGUGCCGGAACUACGGACGAGGGCCGCGAGCCUCCAGCAGCGCGUGGGUCCUUCGGCAUUCCUGCAGAGGACGAUAGUACUCCUGCAACAAACGUUCACGUAGACGAGGUAGAACACGCCGCUGUUGACGAGACACAAACGGACAGAAGACAAAAGGCAAAACCAGUCGGGGUGCUGGAAUCGCGACAAAGUCGCAAGAUCGAGAAACAAAUAGGCUUGAGCUACUUGAACCUUGGAAACAAGAACGACGGCUCUGAUGGAAUCUACAGACCCCGAAGACCGAGUUGAUAGAUGUCUCAGUUUUAGUGCGAUCUUCACGCUCGUAGUUCAUUUGAAGCUGCACUCAGUGUACAGAAUACACGAAUACAAGGAAGCGAAGAUGGCGG